AUGUUCCCACAGCUUAUAAAUAAAGUGGUCGUUCCAGAGCUUAAAAACAUUUUGGUAAAUGAACAAAUUGGAAUACUCUCUCCGAUAGAGUCAGCCCGCCUUGCAGCAACUGCGCAUAAGAUGGUGAGGCAGAAUUUACAGGCACAGAUACGGCCUGGAAUGACUCUUUUGGAAAUGGCUGAAAUAGUGGAGAAUGGUACAAAAACAGUACUGGGCCAGGGAUACAAUAAGGGGAUAGGGUUUCCCACGGGUCUUUCUCUGAACAGCUGUGCUGCCCAUGACAGUCCUAACCCCAAAUCACACCCGGUUGUCCUUGCUGCAAAUGACAUACUGAAGGUGGACUUUGGUACGCAUGUUAAUGGAUACAUUAUAGACUCUGCAUUUACGGUGUGCUUCAAUCCGGAUUAUGACAAUCUUUUACUUGCUGCGCGUGAGUCUGUCUAUGAGUGCUUAAAGCUUGCUGGGCCAGAUGCACCAAUUAAGGAUAUAGCAGAUAAAGCAGAGGAAGUUAUUAGAAGCUAUGAGCUAACUAUUGAUGGAAGGUCUGUCCCUAUACGGCCAGUGACUAACUUAAACGGGCACUCUAUUAACCAGUAUAAAAUACACGGGGGUAAGUAUGUUCCCAUUAUAAAAAACUCUGGGAAUAAGUCUAGAAUGCUCCCUGGUGAGUUCUUUGCAAUUGAAACCUUUGCAACCACAGGAAAUGGGUAUGUGAAUGAGAAAGGGGACUGCUCGCACUAUAUGAUCAGUAACCCAAAUGUACACUCAAAACUAGAAGGAGGAAAAACACUUAUGAAGUACAUACAGAAUACUUUCUCAACACUUCCGUUCUGCAAGAGAUACAUAGACCCAACAGAAAUUAAGUCUGCAGAUACUUACAUUAACUACCUAACUAAAAUAGGCGGAAUAGAUGAUUACCCUCCACUGUAUGACUCUCCAGGGUCUUUGGUGUCACAGUUUGAGCAUACGCUUUAUGUGAACGAGUCUGGAAUUGAAGUAUUAUCUCGUGGAGAUGACUAUUAAUAAAGGAA